AUGUCUCUGGGACUGGAGCUGGCGUGCGCGCUGUUCAUCCUGGGCACCGCCCGGGCAAUGGUUCCCAUCCAGUGCGGAACCCCGGCUCACAUGAAGAGGAGAGAGUGCUGUCCCACCUUCUCUGCCGACGGCUCGCCGUGCGGGAUAAUUUCAAACCGCGGGCGGUGCCAGGACAUCACCAGAGAGAGCCCGUGGCAGCGGGAGGAGCGGGAGAGGGUACACGGCGGCUCACGGGACUUCCGCCUGUGGUGGCCCACCUACUUCUUCCGGCGCCUGUGCGUGUGCCGGGGGAACUACGGGGGCGCCGACUGCAGUGAGUGCGCCUACGGCUGGUGGGGGGAGAGGUGCCAGCUCAGGCACACGGUCACCCGCCGGGACAUCGCCGCCCUGCCCCUGGCCGAGCAGCGGCGCUUUGUGUACAGGCUGCACCUGGCGAAGGUCACUCUCAGUCGGCGCUACGUCAUCUACGCCAGCGAGAGUCACGCCCCCGGCUCCCCCCUGACCUUCCGGCGCGCCAGCGUCUACAACAUCGCCGCCUACCUGCACUACACCUGCGCCAAGAUCAUCAGCGUGCACCCCAACAGCACCUACGCCCACCGCGGCUCGGCGUUCCUCGGCUGGCAUCGCCUCCUCGCCAUCUACCUGGAGCAGGAGAUCCGCAACAUCACCGGGUACCAGGACUUCGCCCUGCCCUACUGGAACUGGGCCGGGCAGACCCACUGCGACGUCUGCACCGACCAGCUCUUCGGGGCCAGCCUCCCCGAUGGGAGACUCUCCCCGGGCUCGGUAUUCAGCAACUGGACUACGUACUGCUCUGACGAUGGAGACCACCAGUGGGAUUUCGGGAUGGUCUGCCCGCCUGUGCCCGGGGAGCCCAUCCUGCGUUUCAACCGCCUCGACGACAGGUUUGACCAGCUGCCGAGCGUGGACGAUGUGCGCGCCUGCCUCAGCAUCGACCGCUUCGAUACGCCACCUUACAACCCCCUGGCCCUCGACUCCUUUCGCAAUGCCUUGGAAGGCUUCAUAAACCCGCAGAGCCCGGGCAACGUCAAAAUCAGCAUGCACAACCUCAUGCACAUCUACUGCGGCGGUACCCUGGGCAAUAUCUUCCUGACGACCAACGACCCACUAUUCAUGCCCAUGCACGUCUUCGUUGACAAGCUGUUCGAGAUGUGGCUGAGACGACAUCCUGGAACGGGUUACCCGACAGGAAAUGUCCCGUUCGGGCACCAAGCGAGAGACAAGGUGGUCACCUUCAUCCCAAUCUAUGAAAACCGGGACAUGAUGAAGAGCUGCCGAGAGUUUGGGUACAACUACGACGACAUGGAGGUGAGAGACUGGCAAGAUAGCCCCGUCGCCCCUGGCCCACAGGGAUCCACUGAGUUGAUUGUCCAUGACCUGCUGCUCCUGCCCCAGGGGUCCCAGUCACUCACCUGCGGGAGCGUCAGACCCAGCAGCAAGGAGCUGAGGCGGUCUGCCUCCCUCAGUCAGCCGGCCCCACCCUUCAGGACUGACCUUACCGCAGAGUCAGCCCUCGCCACGUCCCUUCCCUGGUCAAAAACAAGUCUCGCCUUCGCCUUCAGAAGCUCUCCUGGACCCCCCAUCGCUUCACCAACCUCGAAGUCCCUUCCCAAUUCGGUCCGAAAUCCUCCGGCCUUCAGACGAUGUCCUGGUCGCGCCUGUCGGCAGAAACCUCCUCCCGACUUCCAUGUUCAUCGUUUUGUAUGUCGCUAG